CGCAGUGGAGCGCGACACAGGCGACCGACAUCGGAGUUAUGGAAUUAUGGAGGCCGCGGAGAGAAGUACCGAUAACUCGCACAACUGCGUCUCCGCGAUCCUCUCGUGCCUCGGGCUCUCGGUCGUAUACGUGGCGAGCCUGUAUGUAUGGAGUUCGCCGCACAACAGAGAGCAUCCAUCAACAAUAAAAAAGCGAUUUUUUAGCGUAUUUAUCAUGACUCUCAUUUCACCAGUACCUUUGUAUUUUGGAUUAAAUGAAAAAAUAUUUCAAAAGGUAACUAUCUGGGAACUGCUGGGUCUACGAUGGUCUGGUUUAAUACAGGCAACUGUGAUACCAUUAGUCCUAACAAUGAUCCUGUUCCUAGGUCCUUUGAGUCUACAGGGAUUUAAUGGAUUGUGGCGAUUGUAUACUGAGCCCAUGUACUGGUUAGGAAGCAUACGAACGUUAAUCUGGUGGAGAAAUCAAGUGAUUGCUCCAUUGUCCGAAGAAUGGACUUUCAGAGCCUGUAUGUUGCCAUUGCUCUUACAAUGUUUUACGCCGUCUACUGCCAUAUUCGUGUGUCCUCUGUUCUUUGGAGUGGCUCAUUUCCAUCAUGUGGUGGAGAGAAUGAAGAUGGGAGUGGGAAUCAAACAUGCGUUGUUUGUAUCCUGUUUUCAGUCUGCAUAUACGACCUUAUUUGGAGCAUACGCGGCUUUUCUCUUUGCAAAGACAGGACACUUCGUUGCACCGUUCGCCGCGCAUUCUUUUUGUAAUCACAUGGGAUUUCCUGAUCUUUCUGAAGUAGCAGCAUAUAAAGAUCCAUUGAAAAGAGCUGGGCUGCUCUGUCUAUUUGUAAUUGGUUUAGUUGCUUGGUGUUUCUUGUUGACACCGAUGACACAUCCAUCAUUGUUCAAUAAUAAUUUAUUCUGGACUAAACAUUUUAUAUGAGUCGUGUCUGAUCUUUCUAACAAAUACUAGGAUCAAAUGUUUUUAAGCAAGAUUUACAUUGCUGCGUGAUAUUUUUUACUUGUGUCUAACAGAGUACACAAACUUAUCUGUUGAAAAAUUUCGCGAAUAUUAAAAGAAUUGUAUAAUAAUAACAUAAUAAUAAUUUAAUUAAUUUCAACUAUAUUAUACCACUGAUAUAAAAAUAUAUCUAUAAUUCUAUUGCAGUUCGGGAUUGUUACAAGUGUAUCACCGUAGUGCCUGAGAUUUAAUUAGAUUUUUAUAGUGGUAAUAACAUAAAGUGUUACAAUGACUAUUAAGGUAAAUGAACUUGUUCGCAAGUUGAAAUGCGAAAAUAGAAUCUAACUUUUAUAUUAUUAUUUACGAAUUGUUGCAUAUAUUUAUGUGUUGCAAUGAAUUAUUUUAUGAUCAUCUCUCUAUAAAUCACAAUUCAUCAAUCUUUUUUCAAGAAGAUUUUUGUCAAAAAAAUGUAACACAUAUUAUAUAUUAUUAUACUAAUCAGUAUAAUAUAUUAAGAAAAUUUGUAAAAUGAUCUUUCUAAUCAACUACUUUUAUAACAAUCUGUAUGUACAAUAUAUGUAUGAUAUCUAUGUACAAUGGAAGUGAUAUUCAGAUGAUAUAAUAUCAUCAUACACAUAUACAUAAAGGUUUAUUUAAAUCACAGAAGUAACAGUUGCAACAAUAUUACAAUAUAUAUUAUAUAUAUAUAUAUAUAUAUAUAUAUAUAUAUAUAUAUAUAUAUAUGUACAUAUACAUACAUGGUAAACACGUAUACAUUAUAUAUGCAGUAAAAUUAUAACAAACGUACACAAGUACUCAUGUAUACAUGUACUCAUAUAUACAUAUAAUGAGAACUAUUCAGAUCUUGAAUGUCUUUUAAUUGCAUACGUAAUGCAUACCAUUUGUUAAUCGAGAGAUAUAGAAAAUCACAACUUUUUAAAUAAUGUUCAAAGAUCAUGAAAUGUUGGUAGCGAUACGAUGUUGAAGUAAUGUUAAGUGUUUUACAGUCAAAGAGAGAGUAUAAAAUCGCUAGAAAUAUAUAACAAUAGUAUCAUUUCGACUUACAAUAACUAUGUAUAAGUAUUCAUCAAAAUUUGACAGUAUUUGUUAAUCUUGUUUUAAGAUCAUAAGAGAAUGAAAUGAUGUAAUUUUGUGUAUCACCAUCUUCACAUUCAUUUUAUAACAUUGAUACAGAAUAUAUAAUUCUAAACAAAA